GCGUUGGCGCGAUAUUUGUAAUUUGCAUUGAUUUGUUGACAUUUUGCAGCGAUGUGAUACAAAUUUUGCUCUAGUCUCAUUUCUAUAAUAGCAAAUUUCUCGAUUUCCAAUUCAUUCCAUGGCAGACACAACUCCAGAAAGUGAAAUUGGAAGCAUUGAAUGCUUCCAAAACUAUACGGCGCCUGAAGUUUUCAUUCAAGGCCUAGCGGGGCUUGUUAAUCAGCAGGAUGUUGAAUCGAUGAUCCGGGCGCAGAAGCAAAUGCUUCAGCGCUUUGAAAAGACAAACGAGAUGCUGAUAAACUGCAACGCUUUAUCGGCUGGACGACUGCAAAUGGCUCAAGCAGAAUUCAAGAAACAUUCCCAGUUGCUGAUGGAAAUGAAAAAAGACCUGGAAAAUAUUUUUAAGCGGACCAGGGCGCUGAAGUCGAAAUUAAGCACGCAGUAUCCACAGGCCUUUCAAGUAUGCGAAAACAAAUCAGCCCUUGUGGAAGAAGACGAUGAAGAGACAAAAGAAGCGACAAAGGAAGAAGAGGAAGCAAAAAUGAAAGCUAAAGAGAAACCUCUUAAACGCAACAGCAGUUCCACUGAUUCAGACGACAACGGUACAAGUGAUAAUAAUGUAUCUUCCCCAGAGUCAGAUUCCCCCUAGAUACUUUAUUAUGAUUCCUUUAUUUAAUGUAAUUAAUUUAUAUCUAAUGCUAUGUAUAAAAUACUAUAUAAAUUAUUGAUCUUACAAAUUAAAAGCAGUGUAAAUAAUUUAUAAUUCCAAAAUGAAAUAAUCCAUAAUAUUAUGCCCCACUUUAUUUACUUAUCCUUGGAAAAUUUCAAACAUAUUUCCUAAAUGCUACAAUUCAUAAUUCUCAAAAAAUAUUUAUGCUGAUCUAGUAAACCAAAUUGCAGUGUGAUCUAUUUAAAUAAUUUUGAGUUGUGUUAUAUUUUAUUAUAUUAGGCACAUCGGGCACAUCGAUAUGGAUCACCAAUAUACUCUGUUAUUGUUUAAUCAUAAAUAUCAUGAAUCAUGAAGGUUUGCUUAUAAUUUAAAAUUUUAGCAAAUUUUGAAUAUUAAAAGAAAAAAUUGCAAAUUGUUACAAUGGAAAAUAUUUUAUUUCAUUCUUGAUCAUAAAAGUAGUAUUAUUUAUUUUUCGAAAAUACAUUAUGCAGCCAGGAAAUGGGAUGAGAGGCAAUUUUUCUAUG